GUUGUUGUCAUUUUGACUUUUGCGCCAUUCGGAUAAAACGGAUUUGCGACUAAAACAUUUAACGAUAAUAAGCAUAAAAAUGAGCGCUCUUUUUGAUAACAGUCACUCGGACACCGACGACAAUGACUCCUUCCACUCGUUCAACCAAAGCGAAGAUAUAAUGGAUAACCUUAGUCUCUCCAUCUCGGAAAGGGACUGCGACAGCGCCGCGGACUUGGAUUCCGGCUCGGCGGAUGAGACUUUCGUGGAAGAAAUGAUUGAUGCACCCGCCCUGGCCCAGGGCGCAGGAAAUACUUCGAAGCCCACGCGUUCCGGCGUCUUCGUAAAAACAAAGUCGCCCGUUAUGGAGGUCCAUUCCAGCGACUCAUCUGCCUGCGAUGGCGUCUCCGCUGGCAAAGCCACACAGGCUGCGGGCCGCUUCAAGUCUCCUAAGAAGUUUACGAUUUCGCCGAUCAGUGAGCAAAAGCCAGGACUAGUGCCCUGUUGCCCCAGAGCUGUUCCGAAACAUUCCUCGAAUCAGAUACCAUGCAUGGAACACUUCGACCUGGACCACUCCGUAACAAUCCUGAAAGACCACCUGAUCUCCAAUCCCGAAACGGAGGCCCUACAAAAGCACGCCUUCACCGAAAUUUGGAUCGAUUCGCAGCGGAAACGUUGCCAGGCCAAGGUUUCUCGCUUGCAGCAGUUUUCAAUGGCCCUGGAGGCCUAUUUUGCCAAGGAUUUUGACAAGAAGGAUCUGGAGCCAGCGAAAACCAUCACGCCUCCUCCGAAAAGUGACAAAUCCGUGGAGAAGGUGUAUGUGUCUCCCUUUCCGAACAUUCCCAUAACACCACCAGCUCGAAAGGAAACCCCUAUGUUGAGUGGAGUUAAGCCGCCCAUUAUAGUGCCAGCUGGCUUUGAUUUGACCCGAUUGGUUGAGUUCAAUAAUCCCAAUCACUGGCACCGUCGUCCCCACAUGCGCACUGGCGAUAGCAUAUAAACUUGAAUAGCACAACAUCUUGAUCAACAUUGUUGUUUUCGUAAUCACCACACUCAACUGACCGAUUGGACGUUCUUUUUGUUAACUGAUAUCUUUCUGCAAUAAAGGAUUCCGAACUACCAAAGCAA